UAGCUACACUUGCUUUACACUGCAUGCAUUACAGGGUUUGGUUUAACCAAGGAGGGGCGCGGCGACAGCGGCCGCAGCCCAGUUCGCAAAGCACAAUGGGAUCUCGUUAGAACUGUUUUGUAAACAUGGCGGCUGUAUGCAAUCUAUCAGCCGAGUAGCAGGUCAGUCGUUUUACACCAGCUAUUACGCUAUGGCAUCGAAGUCUUUUUGUCUGAUCUUUCCUCGGAAUUCAAAGUGAUCUGGUUUUCCCGUCAGCAACUCAUACAACGCUUGUAUCAUGGAUUUCUACGUGGAUUACAGCUGCAAGAACAACAAAGAAACGGGCAGAACCAAGCUUUCUGUUUCUGACUUCGAUACCACAAGCAUCAGAGAUGUAAAGUACGCUAUUCAGGCCGCCAUUCAAGCACCAGUUUGCGAUCAACAGCUGUUUUAUCAGGGACAACCGAUAACAGACGAUGACAUGACUCUCGGCAGAUUGUAUUUCCGGGAGGGUGACUGUUUUAAAGUACAAUUUCUUGCUGUAGCGGAUAUACCAGGCAUGAGUGAUCUACUGGAAGUGUUGAAGAACACCGCUCAAAAAAUUAUUGUCGAAAAGCUACAAAGACAGCUACCCAACAUAGAAGACGAUUCUUCUAGCUUAUGGGGGUUUUAUGACCGUCUAGUUUAUACAGUGGAAGGACUCGCCUCAUUUUUCUUCCCGUGGAAAUGUUUGAGAUCCGUCGCACAGAGGCACUUUUUCGUCCAGGAGGGAGGAUUUGACGCUUUCUUGGAGUUGUUCAAAUUUUCUAGGCAACUGUACACAGUUGAACACCUCGAAGAUGAUUUGAAUGUAAAUGAAAAUUCAGUGGAAGCUACCAUGAUUCAAAAUCAACUCAAACACCACUUUAACGAGGGACAACUUGUUCUUCAGUUGUGUUGUCUCAGCUUUUUGUGGAACUUUGGUGAGACACCUCAGGAUCGGAAGUUUGUCUUAUCAAAGGAUGUCUUUCCCCUAGCAAUUGAUGCACUGUUACUUCAGCCACAUCCCCUUGAAGAUUUUACUGGCCACGUUGACAUAGCUAGCAUGAUAGUUAGUGUAAAUGAAACAGCAAUUGGAUGCUGUGGAGGAUUGAUAGAGUUUGAUUCCAACAUCCAGGAGGAGGCAUCCAAAAUGCAAUCACUGAUUGACAAGUUACUGUUUAUGAUAGACAGGUGCCAAUCAGAUCCUGCAGGAUAUUCACUUUUCUCAAGCCAGGUUGCUUCUAACACUAUAUUUUACUGCACAUUUAAUGUCAAAUCUGCCCAACCAUUGGUGGAUUGUGGAGCACUGGGAAAAAUGCUUAAUAUCACAAAGAAGCUUCUUAAUGAUAAGGACAGCAAUACACCUCUAAGGUACUACUGUUGUCUGUUCCUGGCUAGACUGCAUUCAGCUCCUCUGGUGAAGCUGGACAGAGACACUUGUGCUGCUAUAGAUGAACUUAUUGAUGUGUUCCUAGAACUGCAUGUCCCCAAUGAGAUCUCAAAAUGGGAGGAAGAGAUGUCUUUUGUGUGGAUGACAAUGGUGCCACUGGUUCAUCUUGCCUUUGCUGCAGGAAAGGAAUAUUACUGUAACCAAAUUUAUGGCUCAAAAUGUGAUAUUUCACAAAGUGAAAGGAAACAAUCAGAAACUGUGAAAAGUGAGGUGGCUGAGGAUCACACGAAGGAACUGCAAAGUAGUUUGUGUCCUUUAUUAAAUUCUUACAACAGGGUAGGAAAUCGUGAAACAAGUUACAAGCGCAAGAAGAUUGAAGAUAAUACAAGUAUGGAAAUUGAAACUUCAGUGUCUGGGGACAAAAACUUUCUGGCGCCAGGCAUGAAAGACCAAUUCACAUGGCCAGGUUCCGUAACAACACAAAAACUUGGAAUCUUUUCCUUGAUGCACAUGCUUUCACUCAAAGAGAACCAGCAGUUGGCACUAACAGAGAAUCUCCUUCCAUACUUGGUGUGUCUGUCAUGGUGCCUAAAGGAUAAUGAGAGGGGAAAAUUAACAACCAGUCUGGCACACUGUCACAAUGUGUCAUGGCCUCCUUCUUUGAAAGUCAUUGCCAAAUCUGUCCUUGCUCUUGUUUAUGGCUUAGACAUGGUUUUCAAACUAUGAACAGCCCAGCGUAUAGGAAAAUGGUGACAGACCAUCUGAUAUUUCCAAGGAAACCUGCAUUUCUUUUCCCAUCCAUUAAUUAAACAAAAUUGAUCGGUUAUGUCAAGCAAUCAGGAAUUAAAUUGUUAUAUUAUUA